UCUCUCAACAACAAAACAAUUGACAGACGUGUGCUGAAUCUUUUCUACUACACUCUAAACUAUAUUAUACUACUAAAACACACAAUAAUACUCGUAAUUGAACGUUAUAGAAAGCGCGUGGUGUGACACAUUUGAUAAAAAUCAAUAAGCUGAAGCAGAAGCAAUGCUAAGCGUGAGAUAGCGGCAACAAAUUGCAUGCCCCAACAUGCGACUAUAAAAGCCAAGUGCCACACACAGCAACACAAACAACAGAAACAAACAACACACUAUAGAAGAGAUAUCGAAUCGAGAAUCGAGACAACAAACGUGAGAAUAUCGUUUGGCUGCGCAGGCUUAAAUUCACAGUGUGAUAGCGUAGACGCUUAACUUUCUACCCGAGAAACACUUUUGGGCACCAAAACAUCAAGAUGGCGCACUUUAGCGGACAUCAGCCACCCACCGAAGUGCCGGCUCACUUCAAGAACCUCUUCACCAAUGGCACGCUGGGUGGCGAUGAGGAUAGCAACAACAAUAACAACAACAAUAAUGCUGGCAAUAAUGAUCAGGAGAAUCGGCCGAGUAAUAACAACAACGUGGACAUCGCCUCGUGCUGGGUCUUUGGCUAUGGCUCGUUGUGCUGGAUUCCGGGCUUCACCUACAACAAGUGCAUCACAGGCUACAUAAGAGGCUAUGUGCGACGCUUCUGGCAGGGCAACGCAACACAUCGCGGCACCGAAGAUGCGCCGGGACGUGUCGCAACACUUGUGGAAGACAAAGAGGGCAUUACUUGGGGCUGUGCCUACAGAAUAACGGGUUCAACGGCUCUGGAGUAUCUCAAGCAACGCGAGUGCACACUCGGUGGCUAUGCAACACUCGAAACAAAAUUCUUUCCCCGCGUCGCAUCGCAUGACACGCCCUUUAGCGGCGAGGCUGUCGAGGUGCUGGUCUAUGUGGCCACGCCAGAGAAUCGUCACUGGGCCGGCGAUGCCCCAUUGGCUGUAAUAGCGCGGCAAAUCGCCAACUGCCGCGGUCCCAGUGGCCAUAAUGCGGAAUAUCUGCUGCGAUUGGCGCUGUUUAUGCACGAUGAAAUCCCUGGUGUGCGAGAUGAACACUUAUUCGAUCUGGAGCGACUGGUGCUGGAAGAGAUCUAUCGCAUGGAGAUCCCACUGUCCUCUGUGAUGGGUCGCAAUCCGGAUCGCAUAAGACGCGACUCACACGAGGAUCUGCGUAGACCGCCAUCGUUCGAGUUCACAUCCCGCAUACCAGAGACAAAGCUGCGUUGCCUGAACAUUUGAUUGUGGCUGUGGUCUUCCCAGGCCACCAAAGGAUACUCGUCGUCUGCUGCAUGCGGAUUAUUCCAAGCUCAUUAUCGAUAGUUGGCAGAGCGGGUUGCGAAGAAGGAGAGGAGAGGAGAGGACUAACAUCGAUGUAUUCUUUAAAUUGUAAAUAAUAGCCUUUACAAUAUGCACAAACUACUCAAUAAUUGCGAUAACUGAUCUGAUAUAAGUUAUUGUUAAGUA